CUGCGCAGGGCCUGCAUUUGUGCAGUAGUUGACUUUCUGUAACUGAAGGAGAAGUUUCAGCUGCUGUUUGCUGCACGGUUUCUGGACACACCGGCAGUUUAACCCAGACAGACAUGAAUUUCGUCAGAUCUCGUCUCUCCGUCGGAAACCUUUUCGGUCAGCGGUUCCGAGGGAUGUGCAAUAAACUUCCAGAGACCAAACCAGAGUCCUCACCGGCAGCUCCAGCAGAAGAACCCCGUCCCUUAUUCAAACCCCCCGGCUACAGACCCUCCAACUUGGACAGGAAGAUUUUACUGUGGGCAGGUCGCUUCAAGUCCCUGGACCAGAUCCCAGACACUGUGUCCUUUGAGACGAUUGACAACGCCAGAAACAAAAUCCGAGUGAAAGCUGCCUAUCUGAUGAUGGCGUUGUCAAUAGGAGCCUGUGUGGUUAUGGUGGUCAUGGGCAAAAAAGCUGCUGGCAGAAAUGAGUCCCUGACUGUAUACAACUUGGAGAAGAAGGCCAAAUGGAGGGAGGAACUUGAGAAAGAAAAGACUCAGUGAUAAAGGACAACUCUGCUUAAUAGCCGUAAUACAGUUGCAACCAGAGAUUUUCAUACAAGAUAUAAAAAGAAAACACUCCUCCAGAUGCAACAAUGGUCAUGAUGGUUUUAGUCCCUAUGUGCAUUUUCAAACUGUGAUCUGGCUUUUCUGACUUCUACCUUGUAGAGUGGCCUUACAGCCCAUGUCGGACCAGGACUCUUUGCUUUUGUUCUGAGGUUUCACACCAAACAUGUCCACCUCUGGGACGCAAAAGCAGUUUCCUUUCUUAAUGGUAUAGCUGGACAUUUCCAUGCUGAUGAAAGUUUCCCCUUUAGGCAUCUGGACAUUUCAGCCAAGGAUGAACCAGUCUUUUGGAGAUCCUCAGUUCUCUUCCUGGUAGUUUGUUUCUUUAGAUUUUCCAACAUCAUCGCAAGAAAACAGUUUGAUGCAUCAACGUAAAAUACAUCCAAAGGGGUCCCUCGUUUGAACUCAGAAGUAUACAAAGUCAUUACAUCAUCGCCACCUGGCCUUAGCAAAUAGAAACAGUCUGAUGAAUUGUCAGUGAGAAAAAUGCCAUAAACCUAAAAAAGUGUUUGUGUCUUUUUACACAUAUGUACCAGAGCUCUCAACCUACGGAGGAGUAGAAAGGUAGUGACCAUCUCACAGUAAGAACCUGAACUAGUGGCACUUUUCACAACAACCAGGACAUUGGGCUCAAUGUGCAGAAACCUAUAGCGGUACCAAGCCAAAAUCUGCAGUGGGAAUUGAAUGAAAAUAGAUUUCUGACUGCUUAAUUUUGAAUACAUAACUGUGGCAAUUUGUUUCCAUUGUGAAUACAUGUUUUAGUUUUAAAAAUAGUGGAGUAGUGGAUCCAGUGUAAAAGAUUCUUCAUCUUGUUCAUAUAUUGAUUUCAUUAAGUUUGCUAAUGGCUGUUGUGGCAUCUGUGUCUAAAGUAAUAAAGAAAAAUCAGUUUAA